GACAUUGACACCAAAUAACAAAUUACCGUCAUGUUGUCGUUCCGUAUCGACGCCAUUUUUUAAAUGGUCUUACAGUGAAAUGCCGUGUGGAGUUUAUAAAAAAAAAAUAUAUACGAGAGAAAAACUUAUACAUAGAACAUUUUGAAACUAGUUUCAAUUAAAAGAUUUCUAUAAACGAAACACCAAUUAACUAAACAAAAAACGAAUCGACGCGGAAACGGAAAAAAAGUUGUGUGAAAAGCGUUUUCGUUUAUUUUCUUCAGUUUGAUCUAGAAUUUGUGUGUUUGUGAAAAAGUAUAAUGAAAUAAAUCUUCCAAAAAUGGAAACAGUUGUUGCUUUUAAUACCGAGCUCUCGGGGCUUUACGAAUCAAAGCCGCCGAUCUCGAAAGCGAAAAUGACUUCCAUCACACGGAGUGCAAUGAAAGCGAUCAAGUUCUACAAGCAUGUGGUGCAAAGUGUGGAAAAAUUCAUAUUGAAAUGCAAGCAAGAGUAUAAAAUACCCGGUUUAUACGUGAUCGAUUCGAUUGUACGCCAAUCGAGGCAUCAAUUUGGCACCGAAAAAGAUGUGUUUGCACCGCGAUUUGCACGCAACAUGCAAACAACAUUCGCCAAUUUAUUUCAGUGCAGUCCCGAGGACAAGAGCAAAAUCAUCCGUGUGCUGAAUUUGUGGCAAAAGAAUAAUGUCUUUGCACCGGACGUCAUUCAGCCGUUGUUCGAUUUGGCCGAUCCAAAUCAUCCCAUCUAUCAGAAUCAAGGUACAUCUCAAGACACGAGUUUGAACGGCAUGAUGAGUACAAUCACUCAGGAGUCACCUGCACCAAAUAUGGCUGAUGAAGGUCACACUAUGUCAUCCGAUAUGUCCGGACCCAUCAAUUCAAUGUCGAACGUUUCCCAUAUCGAUCCCAGCACAAUUCGCCAUUUACAACAAUUAAUGCUCUUGCGGCAAAAGGGUAACAAUGAACCGAUCGCAAGCACAAGCUCAAAUACGGGGAUGAGUCAAGAUUCGGUGAAAUUUAACAAGAAACUACUGGACUUUGACUAUGGCGAUGACGAAGACGAUGACAACAAAGGACCGUCACCGCGUCAAUCACAGCAACAACAGCAGCAGCAACAGCAACAACAACAACAGCAGCAACAGCAACAGCAACAACAACAGUCCAAUUCAACGAUUGACAACAGUAACAUAUCGCAAUUGCUUAACGAUCCGAAUGUCCUGCGGCAGCUUCACAAUUUACAAAAGCUCAAGCAGAUUGAAGAAUCCAAACAGUCGAAAUUGGCCGAGAUGCGAAUGCAAGAGGAGGCAUUCGAAAAACAAUUAGCCACCAUGUUGAAAAAGCUUCCGUUUGCCAACGAAUGUGACCUCAGUCGACAAGACAACCAAAUCUAUGGCAUGCAAAAUGCCAAUCUCAAUCCAAAUCAAAAUGGACCAAUGUAUAUGACAUCAAGUGCAGCUGAACAAGCAAAAAUCGAUCCUGAUGUUGAAUUGGUUUCAGACGAUGGAAAAGUCGAAGUGAUUAACUUAGACGGAAACUCGCGAAGUCCAUCGAUCGAACGAAAUCGUUACAGCAAAAGGCGAAGAAGUCGAAGCAGAUCGAGAGAUAGACGCGGUCGUUCAAGGUCUAGAGAUCGUCGACGAAGCAGAGAUCGCGAACGUCGAAAAUCAACAUCGCGCGAUAGACAUCGAGACAGAGACCGUGGCAAGGACAAAGAAAAGGAGCGUGAACGCAAACGCAAAGGACUGCCUGAGAUUAAGAAGGAACAUUUGAGCGUGUGUAGCACGACUUUGUGGAUUGGUCACUUGUCAAAAUUGACGCAACAGGAAGAAUUGUCGGACAUCUUUACCAAGUACGGUGACAUAGUUAGCAUCGAUAUGAUUCAUCCUCGUGGCUGUGCGUUCUUAGUCAUGCAUCGGCGUCAAGAUGCUUACAAAGCAAUCGACGGUUUGAAUGGAUACAAAUUGCAUGGCCGUGUUAUAUCCAUCUCAUGGGCCGCUGGCAAAGGUGUGAAGAGUAAACAAUGGAAGGAUUACUGGGACUUAGAGCUGGGUGUGAGUUACAUUCCAUGGGAUAAAUUAGACCAAAACACCGAUUUCGAGCAAUUGGAAGAUGGUGGCAUGUUUGAUGAAGACUCAAUGCCAGCUUGGCUCAAGGAAAAGCUUAAGAAUCAAUCACAACAAAAGGAUACAAACGAUGCAGCUGCGGCUGUUAAUCAAGUCACAAAUUUGCCGAUGUUCGCUAUGGAUCAGCCGCCACCAACACAACAGCAACUUAUGACCAAUAUGUCACAAAUGGUGCCACCGUUCCCGAUGGGCUCUGCAGUGCCACGUUUUAUGCCGCCAAUGAUGACGCCCGGUUUGCCAUUGGGCGUACCACCACCAGGCCAUCCAAUGAACGGGCAAAUGCCAAUGAUGAUUCCACAGCCAAUUGUGCCAGGAAUGCCGAUGGCAUCGCUAGAUAAACCUCCGCCAGGUGCCGCUCCAUACUUCUUUCCUCCAAUACCGCAAAUGCCUCCAAUGGCUGCUCCGACAAUGGCAUCGUCGGCAAACAUCGGUGGUUCUGAUGAUCAGAUGGAUAUUGAAGAAGAUGAAACUAACCAACCUGCCGACCCAAUGUUUCAAAAGAGUCAAACGAUGUUCAAUCGGCCACCGCCCAAAAUCAAUUUCGGACCAAAUCCAAUGGCACCGAACGAUUUUGCGAACAAAGAUAAUCGGGGACCAAACUUCGAUGAUAUUGUCAACAGUGGAAAUAUGAGUCAUGACAGAGAUAAUGAUAUAAAAGAUUUCCGCAGCCGAGGCACUGACCGAGAUAGAGACAAUCGAAACCGUGGCAAUAGAUCGCGUGACUAUAGCAAUGAACGUGGUGGCGGCGGCGGUGGCGGACGAAACACCAAUUCCAGAUGGUCGGAUGGACGUGGACGAUCACGCGAAAACGAUCGAAACACGCCAUCCGAUGGCAACAAUCGUGAUUUCAACAAUUCAAGAAACAACAUGCAAUGGAGAGAUCAACCACAAAAUCCGAUGAACUUCAACAACAGCUACAUGGAUCAUUCAAAUCCGAGAAUGAACAUUGGCGCACCGCCGCCAGCACUUGAAGAUAUGAGACUACCUAUUCCACUAGAUAACUUAAGAGGCCCUCCGUUGGGACCAAACUCCAUGAACAAUAAAAUGCAUCAUGGACGACGCGGUGGUGGUAAUGAUUAUGACAGAAAUCGUCCACCGGCUGGCCAGCAACGGGAUUACUACAAUCAAAAUCGAUUCGGUCCACCUGGAAUGAAUGGACCCAUGAAUAUGCGAGGUAAUAUGCAGAACUUCGGCCCGAGAAACAACUUCACGUGGCAACCAAGAUCUGGAAUGAAUAACGACCGACCAGAUGGAGGAAACUUUAAUCGAAACGAUCGAAACCGAAGCAAUAACAAUCCUCGAGGCCCGCGUGGUCAUUGGAAAGAUAAUGAGGAUGGUGGAACUCCGCAAAAGAAUCGCAAUCAUCGAAAUUUUGAUGGCCCAAAAGAUAGAAAUAGUUUCAGCAAUUUCGGCGAUAGUUCAUUCAGUAAUGAAAAGCAAUCAAAAGACGGCGACCUUGAAUUCGAUGAUUCAGAGCCAAGAAAGCUGAAUGAGUCGCAUGAAAGUGGUGGCGAUCCAAGUGGUUACGGUGGUAGUGGCGGCGUCGUUGGCAGCAGCAGCGGCAAUGGUGGUGGUGGUGGUGGUGCUAACGAAGCAAAUGAAUCGGCGAUAGCAAACCCAACCGACACACUAAAAGUGGCAAAUGAAGAGCGAGCGUUGCCACGCAUUCAAAUCAAGUCACCGUCAAAAUUAGCACAAGAGUAUAGCGAAAAGCAAAAACAAAGUGACAUGAUGUCGUCGUCGAACGAAACAAAUCGAACAAAUAAUAAUAAAUCAUCGGUAGAUCUGAAUACAACGCCACUGUACGAUGAACCAACCGAAAAUCGAUCAUACUCAUUGAAAGAAACACCCUCAUUCGAUUCACAACAAAACCAUGAAAUGCUCCCGAGUACGGACACCAAUGUAGUCGUCGCAGAAAUCACCGACAAUUGCGAACAUUAAUUUUCGAUUCAAACAAAAUACACAAACAAACAACAAAACCAUCAAUCAGGAAAUUUUAGAAACAAUGCACUUUUGGGACAGUUUUAGCCUUGGUGUGCGUUAUGACCGGUUCACCUCUGUUGUCGAAUGACGUGAAAAAUCAAAGAAAAGAGAUUGAGAUCAGAAGAGAGUAGGAAAAAAAUUGGAAAGAGAGAGAGAGAGAGAAACAGACACAGAUUCACAAUAUCUAAAAUUAUCAAAAGAAAACAAAUCGAUCAAGGAAAAUAUGGCUGUGAUAAUUGUUUAAUGCAACAAAAAUGAGAGAAGAAAGAAAUGGACAGAUGAAAGAAAGUAAGCAAACACAAUUGAUAGAAAUCGUUUCUUCUUUCUUUUUUUUAUUGAAUCUAAGGGUAUCUUAGGUGUGAAGAUGCUAGAGCAACGUGUGUAACAUGCCACAAUCAUGAAUUGUGUCUCACACAUGAUGCACACAAAAAUGUGGACAUUUUUGUUUAUAUUCUAAUUUAUUGAAAUUCAACGGAUCAAAAGAUGCUCAAUAUCAUUUGGAAAAUCAAAUCGUCUUUUGUUAUUCAUUUUGUUCAAAACGCAUGCAAUGUUUAUUUUAAAAAACAAGAAGAAACUUUUCCGUUCGUUCAUUUUGUGCUGUGAUUCACAGUUUUAACAUUUGAUGCCUCCCAUAUAUGCGAGAAGAGCGAUUGUGUAUUUAUAAUUUGCUUCUUUUUUUUUUAAAUAUUUCUUUCAAUUUCCUAUCUCAAUUUGACAUGGUAGCAACAAAGAAACCAACGUUUUAAAAUGAAACUCCAUCAUUUGUAGCGAAAAACAAACAAACGAGAUGUUUAGUUAUAUAGUAAUUUACACGCGUACACAAUCUUAUGCAUAUAUAAAUAUAUAUAUGAAUUUUCGGCAAAUGUCAUAAUAAAUUAUUAUUGAGACAUAACUAGGAAUAAAUGAUGAGAAAAGAAAAUUCGAACAGGAUUUGAAGUAGAAGAGCGACUGAAGUCGAGAGCCGAACACAAAGAACCAUUGAGAAAUACUCAACUAAUUUUUUUUUGCAAAUAUUUAAAUAUCGAUGUUGCUUGGUAUUUAAUGCCACAUUCGAUUAGAUUAACCAUGAUGAGCCAACUAUAAGGAAGAUUAAGACAAGCAAAUGGAAUUUUGUGUUGUGCUCUAAAUUUUUUUUUUUUAAAUUUCAAAACUGAAACUACCAAUUCAUCUUGCGUUCAUUUUAUAUAGAAUAUUUUUUCUCGUUUUUUCGGCUCAAUCAUUCAUUGCGAAGAAGAGAUGAAGAAAUAGUUUUCCAUAGUAAAUUUUUUGCAACGACAAAAUAAAAUUACCGGACUUAAUUGAA